AUGGUCUCUUUUAUCGAGGAUCUCUGGUCGAGCGUAUUCACACCGGGGCCAACACCUUCGCUAGUCAUCGCAACAAAUGUAACCUUUGCUUUUCUCCAACUCCUCCUAUUUGUCCUUCUCCUUACGACUUACAGCAUCCACUUUGCUGUUCUCUCAUCCCUAUGUGGCGGUCUAUGGUGGGCGAUAAACUGGUUUGUGAAAGAAUUUGAAAUUUCCCGCGAACCAUCGGAGACCGCCAACCCGUCCCGAUCCCAAACAACCCAGCAAGGCCCAAUAGGUCGGCCACCCGGGGCUAUCGACACAGAGAGUGAGACCGAAACCGAAAGCCUUGCGGGAGGAGAGCCUCAGUUACCCGCAGGUACGAUUUCAUCUGGUUUAAUGGGACCUCCCCCACCGCGGAGCACUGGUGCUUCCCGUGGCCCUCCACCAAUCGAGACGGAAGAUUUAAAGAAGCGACGAAGUGGCCCCGAUAACUCUGGCUACGUGAGCACGGACAGUGAAUGGGAGAAGGUUGAUGAAAAGGGGAGAUAA